AAGUUUGAUGUAGUUGCUUUAGGUGGUACAUUUGAUCAUUUACAUUCAGGUCAUAAGAUCUUAUUAACUAUGGCCAGUUUUUUAUCAAAUCAAAAAAUCAUUGUAGGUGUAACAGAUGAUAAUUUAUUAAUUAACAAAAAGUAUAAAUCAGAAUUACAAACACUAGAAGAACGUACCAGAUCAGUUCAAAACUUUAUAAAUUUAAUUUCUCAAAACUCAUUAGAAAUCUCCACCGUACCAUUAAAAGAUUUGUACGGACCAACAGCCAGCGAUCCGAACAUUCAAGCCUUAAUCGUUUCAUAUGAAACGAUAUCGGGUGCUGAUCAAAUUGAUGAAAUCCGUUUGAAAAAUGGAUUUAAUACUUUAGAAAGGUUUGUUAUUGAUUUAAUGAUUAAUGCAAAUGAUAAUCAAGUUGAUGAUUCGGAUCAAGAGAUGAAAGAGGUUAAGAUCAGUAGUACUGAGAUUCGUAAAUGGAUUUAUGAUCAAAAA